AGACCCAUUUAAGACCAUUUUUCCAAUCAUUCUCCAUCCCCAUAGACAAACAAUGAACUCCAACGACUUCUGCAAAAACAUACCAAACCUCGUAUCAUCAUUCAUCGACACCUUCGUUGACUUCUCCGUCGCCGGAAUCUUCUUACCGGACCCACCAUCUCCACCCUUUUCUCAAACCACCUACCCUCCCCCUGACCGUCUGAUCGCCGUCGGCGAUCUCCACGGCGACCUCUCCAAAGCCCAGCAAGCCCUUCGUCUGGCCGGCCUCAUUGACGCCGGCGACCGGUGGUCCGGCGGGUCCUCCACUCUGGUUCAAGUUGGCGAUGUGUUGGACAAAGGUGGUGAAGAACUUAAAAUCCUUUACUUCCUGGAGAAACUUAAACGACAAGCGGUUAGGGAUGGCGGGAAUGUUAUUACUAUGAAUGGGAAUCAUGAGAUAAUGAAUGUUGAUCGGUGUUUGCACAGUACGGCUCCUUCUGGGCUUGAAGAAUUUCGAAAUUGGGCUUAUUGGUAUACUACAGGUAGCAAUAUGAAACGAUUAUGUGAUGGAUUAACGAAGCCUAAAGAUAUAUACGAUGGAAUUCCUUCGAAUUUCCCGGGAGUCAAACAAGAAUACUGGAGUGGAAUAAGAGCUAGACUUGCUGCAUUGACACCUAAAGGUCCAAUCGCAGCUAGAUUCUUAUCUAAGAACUUAACAGUCCUUGUAGUCGGUGAAUCCGUGUUUGUUCAUGGUGGGAUUUUACCCGAACAAGUUGAUUAUGGUUUGGAACAAAUUAACAACGAUGUUAGAGAUUGGAUUACAGGGUUAAAAGAUAACUUAUCUUCGGAUUUUCGUAACACAUUAAACACUAUUGUUUGGAUGAGGAAAUUUUCAAAGAUAUCUGUUGCGGAUCGUGAUUGUAGUAGGUUGGAACAUGCGCUUGCGACGAUUCCUGGCGUGAGAAGGAUGAUCAUGGGGCAUACUAUUCAAACUAGCGGCAUAAACACGGUUUGUGUUGGUAAAGCCGUGCGGAUUGAUGUGGGGAUGUCGAAAGGCUGUAUUAACGGGCUGCCUGAGGUUCUAGAGAUUUGUGGGAAUUCCCAUUUGAAGAUCUUGACAUCAAAGCCAGUUUAUGAUGUGAUUCAGGAGCAGCAUGAACCGGUGGAAAUGCAAGUUACGGCUUAGUUUAAUAAUUCUUUUAGCAACGGCUUAAUUUAAUAAUUCUUUUUGCAGGUAUUACUCAUUGUUUUACUGUUGGAUUUGUAAUCAAGAUGAACGCAUGUAUUAUAAUGAUUGUAAUUUUAGUAAGCAUAUUUAAUAAAGUUAUGAUCUUCU